AUGCUUGAGACGCCGUAUCACAGAAAUGAUAUUUUGAAAACGAGCAGGAUUUUGAAGGCGCAGACGCUCGAUGGUCAUCUUGCUGUGUUGACGAGAGAAAAUUUCCUGAUCAUCUUCGCCGCAAAAUACGGAAGCGUUCCGGAGCUCCGCGAAGUCUUCAGAAAGAAAUUCAAUCAUGCGGUCGACUUCGCCGCCUUCGAAUCCGACUACAUCAUCGUGCUCAACUCCCAAGAACCGCACAUCUCCCUCGUCCAGAUUUUCAAAGAAAAAGUGAUUUUCGAAGGAAACUGCAACUGCCAAGAACCAAGUCGAAUUUACAAUCUUCACGGGCGAUUCGCCGUCAUCGACAAUACCAACUCAGUUUUCAUCUGCGAACUGGCGAAGAAGAAUAUCAAGAAUAUCAUCACGCUUGAAAAUCGAAUCCCAGUCGAGUGUAUUCAAACCGUUUCAAAGAACAGCUUUAUUAUUUCGCUUAAAAAUGGAUUGGUUCAUUUGUAUCACGAGCACAAGAGCGAAGAGUUUAUUAAAGAAUCCUGCGAAUUUCCCUCUGCCAUGAAAAAGUUCCAACUGUACAACCCCCUCGACUGCCGCUACGCCUUCGCCUGUGCCGACGGAAAAAUCUAUCCGGGCAAGAUCAUCGUCUCCGAUAAACUCACCUUCUCCUACGAAAAAGACUCGCCCCUCAUCUUCGGGGAACACUGCGAACAAGGAGUGCAGCAAUUUGUCUUCGCUGAUUUCAACGGAGACAGCGAGAACGAGAUCGCGGUACUGCGCGACGACUACAACAUUCAAAUCUGGCAGAUUUGGCAAAACGAGCCGGUUCUUUCUUUCUCCAGUACGGCGAAAGACAAUCACGAUUUCGGCUCCGUAGCGUUGAUUUAUUCGCCUCCGAGGAAGCGCAGAUCGCAUUUGAUAGUCGUUGCCACUUCCGGGUGGAUCUUCUUUCUUGGAACUGAAAAAGAAAAGGCCAAACCCAAUUCUGAAGAAAUCUACAAUGAAGUGAUCGAAGAAGUCACGAAGGUUCAAACUGCUAUUGAUCGAAAACAAACGUCGCAGAACGAGUGGAUCAUCCCGCCAAAGAUCAACUGUCUCAUGGAGAUGAAGACUGUUGCCAGCUUGGCGCUCAAGAAUCUCAUCGUCGAGUGCGAAACGCCGAUCGAAAUGGUUCAAAUUUGUUCAACGACGAGGGUGGAAGUGGUCGAGGAUAAAAGUGGAAAUGCCUUGUCGAACCAAGCAGUGAUUACUGUCAAUGACAGGCCUGGGCACGAGUGGCCGAUGAGCAUUUUAUUCAGGUGCCAGGCAGGAACUAACCGGUUGGACAUCAAACUCCGGCCAAUUGAGGGCAAAUCUGGCGAUAUUGAAGUCUUCUGCUUUCCAUACUUGACGAUCAACAAGAUUAUCUUGAAGGAAUCCUUUCAUUUGCCAGCACUGAGUCUUCAUUCUCCCGUGGCGAGUCUUGAAGAUGUUGGUCAGUACAGAUCGUUCAGCGCGAAUAUUAUCACAAGUUGGCUAAAUGACAUCUUCAUCGAUCUUCCAAUGGACACAAAUUCAAUGUCAAGAUUCAUCUGCUACCGAAAUUACCAAACAGGCAGUUGGCUGAGAGUUGGUUGGGCCGCUGGAGAAGCGCAUGUUCACUCAAAUAAUCCGACAGUUUUGCAGAUUUGUAAACAAGUUUUGCUCCAACAUGCGUAUGACUGUAGCCAAGAGGUGGAUGUUCAAGCAAGCUUAUCAGAAGUUUCAACGAAAGAACUAGUCGAACAGAUUCUUCGCAAGUUUCAAGAGCAUAAAGAAUACAUCAAAAACGCCGAUAUUGUCGGCAUUCUCCGCGAUAUAACGCUGCUUGAUGACAACAAGGACUCGAUCCCGCAGAAAUAUAGAAGCAUGCUUGCAAAAGGAGUGAAAAAUGCAGAGUUAGAUGCAAAUCUUUACGAAACCCUUUCUGCUGUUAUUCUUGAUCUUUUCAUCGAUCAAGAAAAGCUUGCCGGAAGACCUGGAGUGGAGAAAGCGAAGGAUAUUGCCGAGAGUUUGAAAGACUUGGAAUUUGAUGAAGUGUUAAAGUUCUUUUAG